UAAUCGUUUAGUUGGAUUGCUGCGAUUUUUCCAGAUUUUCCGAGUACUUACAAGAGACAAAAAGUGGAUCAGAUAAUGCUGGAGACCCUAGAAAUUAGCGGAUCUUUUAAUACAGUAUAGCCACCGAAUUGGCAAGAAGAAGCAGAGCGAGUGGGGCAGCCAAAACAACGAGAAUCACACGCACGCACACAGCCACAAAAAUUACGUGCAGAGCGCAAUCUAUUCCCCCCAUUUUCCACCGAAAAUACAGCAAGGCAGUCGGAAAAUCAUCCAAAUUGCGACCCAUUUUGGCGAGCGACGGAUAACCAACAAGUGAAUAUAGAAAAGGAAUCCCUGCAACGCGAGGCAUCCCCAGCAGGAGUCACAACAAUAACUUUGCAGAUCAGCAGAGCAAGAAGAAGAAGCGGCGGCCAGCUGAGUAGCAAAGCGAAGCAAAGCAGGGGCGCAGGGGAAUCCGAGUCCAGGAGUAACUGCAGCGGGCGCGGAGGAAGCGGUACACGGAACAGAGGCACAGAGGCGGCGGGCAGCAGCCACCAUGAGCAUGGUGCGGCGGAUUAUCCUGCUGGGCCCCAAAUACAGUUUGUGGGCAAAGGGAAGCGGAGCUGGUCAAACACAGGGCUCGGCAAGAUGCGUUAUCCUAAGCGCAGGUCCUGCGGAGAACAGGAACUGUGGCGUAAGACGCUUCCACCUGGCAACGCGGAACUGCGCGAGGAAUCGACUGAUGAGACUGGAGCCCGCGAUGGCAAUACCGGCGUAUAUUGAUGUAACCAACGCCCACUCAAGAACGCCGGAGGACACCAGCGAAAGUGGGAGCGGCGGCGAAGGUGGAGCUAGUGCGUCGGGGGGUAGUGGAGCGAAGAGCCCCGGCGGUGCGGCUGGGUCUGGAGCAAGUUCGACCAGUGGUGCCGAUCCACCAGGCGGUGGCAGUGACAAGUUCCUCUCGUGCCCAAAGUGCGGUAGCGCCUGCACACAGGUUGAGACUUUUGUCAGCUCGACGCGGUUCGUUAAGUGCGCCAAGUGCAACUACUUCUUCGUGGUGCUCUCAGAGGUGGAGACUAAGCAGCGCACCAAGGACGAGCCCAAGAACCAGCGCAAGCCGCCACCUCCGCCACAGAAGAUCAUGGAGUACCUGGACAAACACGUGGUGGGCCAAGAUUUUGCUAAAAAGGUGCUGGCGGUGGCCGUCUACAACCACUAUAAGCGCAUCCACCACAAUCUGCCGCAACUGCAAAACCAGGGAGCGGGUGCCAGCAAUGGAGCCGGUGGCGGCCUAGAUGGUAUUCCUCGGCCCGAUCUGCUACACAUCACCGGUAUUGGUCAUACGCUGAACAGCUCCCCGGGCAACGAACUGCCUCCUAAGUCGCCGACUCAAAUGGGCAUGGGCGGAGGAAUGGGAGGACCUGGACUUGGAGCAGGACUAACCGGCGCAUCAUCCAGCAAUGCUCGUGGAGGUAGCGACAACCGAUCCGGAUCAGAAAUACUUGACCGCCAGUCCACCGAUGUCAAGCUGGAGAAGAGUAACAUAAUCAUGUUGGGUCCCACGGGAUCUGGUAAGACGCUGAUCGCCCAGACGAUCGCCAAGUGCCUGGAUGUGCCCUUCGCCAUUUGCGACUGUACCACGUUAACACAGGCGGGCUAUGUGGGCGAGGACAUCGAAAGCGUAAUUUCAAAGCUUCUGCAAGAUGCCAACUACAAUGUAGAGCGCGCACAGACGGGUAUUGUUUUCCUCGACGAGGUGGACAAAAUCGGUGCCGUCCCCGGAAUCCAUCAGCUUCGUGACGUUGGCGGCGAGGGCGUCCAGCAGGGCAUGCUGAAAAUGCUCGAAGGCACAGUGGUCAACGUGCCGGAGCGCAACUCCCCGCGCAAGCUGCGUGGCGAGACGGUCCAGGUGGACACCACAAAUAUCCUUUUCGUGGCCUCUGGUGCCUACACAGGACUGGACAGGCUUAUCGCACGUCGUCUCAACGAAAAGUAUUUGGGUUUCGGCAUGCCAUCGACCAGCGGAUCUGGCCGUCGAGCAGCUCAAUCAGCCGCCAGUCCCAUGGACAACGACCAGGAGGAGCGUGAUAAAUGCCUGACCAAAGUGCAGGCUCGUGAUCUCGUUGAGUUCGGCAUGAUACCGGAAUUCGUUGGACGUUUCCCGGUCAUCGUUCCCUUCCACAGUUUGAACGUUAGCAUGCUGGUGCGCAUCCUAACCGAGCCGCGAAACGCUCUUGUGCCGCAAUAUAAGGCACUGUUGGGACUUGAUGAGGUGGAUCUUACAUUCACCGAGGAUGCUGUGAAGUCGAUAGCCCAGCUGGCGAUGGAAAGGCACACGGGAGCUCGUGGACUGCGCUCCAUAAUGGAACAACUGCUGCUGGAUCCCAUGUUCAUAGUGCCCGGUUCAGACAUUAGGGGUGUUCACAUAACCGCCGACUAUGUUAAGGGCAGCGCCACCCCCGAGUACAGCCGCGAUGCAGACGCCCCGGCAUCUGGGACUGUUGCCACGGAUUCCGAUACCACAACCGAUAAUGAUAAGAACUUUGAGAAUAGUGAGAAAGUACGACUAAAACAGUAAAUCAAACAGAGAUACCCACAUCCAAAGCCAACCAAAACAGAAAUCGAGACAACACUUGAACAAAAGAGAAAACAUUCAAUUCGCAACGCUUUCCGAAUUGCUUCUUCUUUGCAAAUUCUUUUGUCUUCUAUCCACUACUGUUCAGCUUGUUAAACUUGUCCAGCUGCUUAAUUUCGAAUCGUCAGCGCUAAUUUUUCGCAUAAACACAAUUUAAUGUUGAACCCUUAUGAUACUUUCAUUUGCCCACUCUAACAUGUAUAAUUUUUUAGUCUGGUUUAAAUGGUAAAUUGAUUGGUGCGUCGUAGAUCCCUUCCUCGAACCCAUCACUCUGUAAAAUAUGAACCGCUGAGGAGUGUAUACAUUUAUAAAUAAUGUCCUCAAUCCCCACAUGCAUCUGUGAUUCAUAAACGACGAGCAGCGCAAUCUUUUGAGCCCGAAGCAAUUGUAAGUGGAACAACAAAUCCUUAAGGGAUAUUUGAAUAAAUGCCACAGUUUCUUAAACAACACUAUUUUACACAAAUAUCGGAAAUCUGCAGUGUUGGCAUUGAUGUGGUCCAUUGGCGCUAGGAUCCUCUCUUGCAUAUACCAAUUAUAUAUACAAACGUAAACGUAUAUUUAGGCAAAUUUUUGCAUAGUCUAAAUUGAGUUUCUAAAUGAGUUCUUGUAGCGUUGUAACGAUGACAAGCGAGAAGCACGUUCUACUUUUAACUAAUUUAAGUUGAAAAACUAAUUUUUAAAACAAAAAAUAAAUAAAAAAAAUGAAAAAAUUUAAA